GGCAGCCCGCCAUUUUACUCCGGCGCACAUAUCCUGCACACAUCUGCUCGCCCUGAUCACAUGCUAACGCCCCAGCCGCUUUUGUCUGCAGUUUGGACCGAGUUUAAGUGAGGGGAAACCACCGGGAGCUCCGUGGAGAUCUCAGACCCACUCCUCUGAUGGUGUGACUUGUGUCCGCUCACAGGAGGAGCUCAGGUAAAAAAUGACCCAGUUUUUGCCUCCAAACCUGUUGGCGCUGUUUGCGCCACGAGACCCCAUUCCCUUUCUGCCGCAGCUGGAGAAGCUGCCCCAUGAGAAGCAUCACAACCAGCCGUACUGCGGGAUCGCUCCAUUCAUCAGGCACUUCGAGGACCCCAGAGAUGCUCCUCCACCUACAAGAGCGGAGACCAGAGAGGAGCGCCUCGAGAGGAAGAGGAGAGAGAAGAUUGAGCGCAGGCAGACUGUGCUGGAGUCUGAGCUGAAACUCUGGGACCCCCACAAUGACCCAAAUGCCCAGGGCGAUGCCUUUAAGACCCUGUUUGUGGCCCGAGUGAACUACGAUACCACAGAGUCUAAACUCCGGCGAGAGUUUGAAGUCUACGGCCCCAUCAAAAGGAUCUACAUAGUGUACAACAAAAGGACAGGGAAGCCUCGUGGGUACGCCUUCAUCGAGUACGAGCACGAACGGGACAUGCACUCUGCCUACAAACACGCCGACGGGAAGAAGAUCGACGGGCGUAGGGUGCUGGUGGACGUGGAGCGUGGACGCACCGUCAAGGGCUGGAGGCCACGCAGGCUAGGAGGGGGUCUGGGCGGCACAAGGAGAGGAGGAGCAGACGUCAACAUUAAGCACUCGGGCAGAGACGACUCGUCACGCUACGACGAGCGACCACUGGGCGGUGAGCGUGACAGAGGCGAAAGGCGAGAACGCACCAGUCGGGACCGCGACAGGGAACGUCGUCGCUCCCGCUCUCGAGAGCGCCGCAGGCGCACUCGGUCCAGAGAGAGAGAGAGGGCCACUGGAGAGGACGCGGGCAGCAGACGCAGAGACAGGGACAGAGAGGCCCGGGGUGAGAGGAGUCGGGAGAGAAGUCGAGACAGGGAGCGCAAACGCAGGAGCCGCAGCAAAGACCGGAAGAGGGACCGCGACCGCACUAAAGGCCCAGAUGGAGAGGACGUCCUGCCUGGAGAGGGGGCCCCUGAGGGAGUGGAGAGGGGGCCAGAUGAACAGCCAGAAGCAGAGCCCGGGGCCGAAGGUGAUGAACAGCGACGAGACAGAGAGCGGGACAAGGAGCGCAGACGCAGCCAUAGAGACAGGGACCGCAGACGAGACCGAGACAGAGAGCACAAACGAGACAGGGACAGAGACAGAGACAGGGAGCGCAGGGACGACAGGCACAUGGAGCCCCAGGACCAGGCCCCAGAGGAGGACAACGGCCCCUCACUGAAGACGGAUGAGUACUCCCAGGAUGAGGGCACAGAGCUCCCCACAGAGGGGCCUGAAGACUAUGGCAACGGGGAGAACGGAUACAAGAUGGAGGGAGGCGGGGACGAGUACUGAGCUCUGUGGACUCAUUGGACUGUAGUGAAGUGUUCCCUCCAAAUCAAACCAUGAGCUCAUGAGUCACUCAAAUUGCUCUCAUAAUGCCUUUCAAAAAUGACCCUCAAACAGUUGCAAGGGGCCCAAAAGGGGUGCAGUUUUUAAUUUAGAUUUUUCCAGAAGUGUGGUUUAAGUCUUAGUUGAAUGAAUUGGUCUUUUGCUCUGCAUGUCAGACCCAUGUUCUGUUGGGGCUUCUUUUCACAGCUUUGUUUUUCAGAGAACAGCAAAGUGCACUCGGCUCACUCUGUCCAUGUGAGAGCAAACCAGUCACGCUAAUGUACCGUCUGAAACUGUAAAUGAUCCGCUGUAUUUGACUCUGAGGGUCUCGUGUUCAUUCUCAAUUAAACUUUUUAAUUA